CAGCCACCUUCAACUCCACUGGGAAAACCUGGCUCCGACAUUUGGGCCGACCCCUGCUACUGCACAAAGUGAAGGUUGAUAUGCCACAUCAGUGAUGGAGCCCAUGACGGUGACGACGUCAGUGGUUGGACCAGAUGAGUUCGACCGCAACGCCCCGCGGAUUUGCGGCGUGUGUGGGGACAAGGCCACCGGCUUCCACUUCAACGCCAUGACCUGUGAGGGCUGCAAGGGGUUCUUCAGACGCAGUAUGAAACGCAAAGCCUCAUUCACCUGCCCGUUCAACGGAAGCUGCACCAUCACCAAGGAUAACCGGCGUCACUGCCAGGCCUGCCGUCUCAAACGCUGCAUCGACAUCGGCAUGAUGAAAGAGUUCAUACUGACAGACGAGGAGGUCCAAAGGAAAAAAGAGAUGAUACUGAAGAGGAAAGAGGAGGAGGCCGCCCGGGAGGCGAUGAGGCCACGGCUGAACGAGGAGCAGGCUCGCAUCAUCUCCUGCCUGGUGGAAGCUCACCACAAGACCUACGAUGCCUCCUAUGCGGACUUCUCACGCUUCAGGCCUCCAGUCCGUGAAGGUCCAGUCACACGCAGUGCCAGCAGAGCGGCCUCUCUUCACUCUCUGUCUGAUGCCUCCUCUGACUCAUUCAACCACUCACCUGAGUCGGUGGACACGAAAAUGAACUUCAGCAACCUGUUAAUGAUGUACCAGGAUGGUGCUAGCAGUCCGGACUCCAGCGAGGAGGACACCAAGCUCUCCAUGCUGCCCCACUUGGCUGACCUGGUCUCCUACAGCAUCCAGAAGGUCAUCGGGUUUGCCAAGAUGAUCCCCGGCUUUAGAGACCUGACGGCGGAGGACCAGAUCGCUCUGUUGAAGUCGAGCGCCAUCGAGAUCAUUAUGCUGCGAUCAAACCAGUCGUUCAGCCUGGAGGACAUGUCCUGGAGCUGCGGAGGGCCUGACUUUAAAUACUGCAUCAACGACGUUACGAAGGCGGGUCACACUCUGGAGCUGUUGGAGCCGCUGGUGAAGUUCCAAGUGGGUCUGAAGAAACUGAACCUGCACGAGGAGGAACACGUGCUGCUCAUGGCCAUCUGCCUGCUCUCCCCAGAUCGUCCCGGCGUCCAGGACCACGCCCGCAUCGAGCAGCUCCAAGACCACCUGUCCGAGGCGCUGCAGGCCUACAUCCGGGUGAACCACCCGGGCGGACGCCUCCUCUACGCCAAGAUGAUCCAGAAGCUGGCCGACCUGCGCAGCCUGAACGAGGAGCACUCCAAGCAGUACCGCUCGCUCUCCUUCCAGCCCGAGCACAGCAUGCAGCUCACCCCGCUGGUGCUGGAAGUGUUCGGCAGCGAGGUGUCAUAGCAGAGGAGGAGGCACAUGCGCGCACACACACACACACACACUCAUCACACACUGGAUGAUUAACCAACUUUUGCCGCCUCUUCCCCCAAGAAAACCGCAGCCCUGAUUAAAUCCUGGACACGUGGGAGAAAGAUGGAUAAUCAGAUAGAUAGACAGUAACCUUCACCUCUUCGUCACCUGUCCAUACUCCUCCUCCUCCUCCUCCUCCUCCUCCUCCUUCUCCUCCUAACCUCAUACAGCAAGAGUUAGAUGACUGGACGUCUGGAUUUACAAAUUUAAUACACCCAAAUAUGCUGUUGGUUUCUUCAGCACUCGGAUAACCAGAUUAUGUUUUGACCUCUGGAUUCACAAACAUACAUUACGAGUCAUUGCAUCAUGCAGAUAUCUAAACCAACUGACAUCCUGAUCCUCACAGCCUCCACAAGCUCCAAAACAAAAAAAAAACACUUUAUCUCAUCACCACCUUUCCCUGGAAACGACUAGAUUCCUGCCAUUUUUUUUACAGUGGAGACAGCUCGACGGAUGUGACCCCCACAUCCCUUUUAACCAUCGACCUCGUAACAUUGCUCCAUGUCACGACAUCAUAGACAGGAAAAGAUGUACAGAUUUACAUCUGCUACCCACGCUGGGUAAAAGGCUACGUUUAUAUUACUAUAAAGUAUCAUUGGUUUACAGUUCAUAAGCAAAGAUAUCCAAAUAUAUUACACGUCAGAAGCCAUGGGCAAGCUUACAGUAAUUUAAUAGAAACGCUUGGUUUAUUGGUUUAAAAAUACUCGGCUGAGACGGGAGCUGAGCAGGUGGGCUUUCCCGCUAAGCCCCGCGUAUCUGUGUAUGUGCAAGAAGGAGUCUCAGAUAGUCUAAUGAAGUGAAGAAAGAUGUUUGAGUGGAAAUGUUUCGGCGUAGGAACGGCAGGAAGAGAGGUGAGAUGUGGAGAAAUGAGGAAAUGGGGUUGGAUAGAUGGAGGGAGGUGCUACCGUUGGAAUUCCCUGUUCACAAGACAAAAGGGAAUUUCACCAAACAAGAAUGUAUGUAUAAUGCUAUAUAAAUAUAAUUGAUACGUAUAAGCUGAGAUAUAUAUAUAUAUAUACACACACACAUCUAUAUAUGUAUAUGUAUAUGUAUAUAUAUAUACACAUAUAUAGACAGUGAAACAUGGUUGCUUCCAUGGAAGCAAAUAGUUCUGAGUGUUGUAUACUGUAGAGGAUUUGAAGGCCGCCCCUCGGUUGUGUGUGUCAUGUGUCGUCUUUCAAAAGACUAAUGUACACACACGAGGAGGCCUUCUAUUUUUGCGAUAUGUGUACAGUGUGUGAGAAUAUUGAUGGACCACAAGGGGGUGCGUGUACAGGCUCUGACUGAGGGUCUAGUGCAGGGAAGCUCUUCUCUGUUUGGAAUUUGUCAUUUUUUGGACCUGUGAAGUUUGUAGAGUGACAUAAGCAAACACAACUUCAUGUUUUGUGGAUAGAGAUUAUCCAAAAAUAUUUGUUUGGCUGGUUAGAUUGCUGCUAAGACAGUUAGAGCUAGAUAGUUGGACUGAAACCAACUACCAGCUGUUGACUCAGGGAAAAGUUUGUCUGACGAUAUUGUAUACUUGGUGUUUAUGGUGUGUGUGGCGUAAGCUUACAAUCAUAAGACGGAGAUUGUUUUUGAAGCUCUAGGCAUCACUGUGAUUUCUAAUCAUACUUAAUAACAGCAUAAGGAAGCUAAAAAGAGAAACUUUUUGACAUAAUGAUUACUACAAGAUUUUCAUUCCUAAGCUUAUCUGAUCAAUUUAAAAAAACAAAAACAAAACACAAAAAAAAAAAAACAACGACUUAUGACGGUUUGCAUGAUUGUACAAUCCAUUAGAGAUCACUGUUAAAGCUGUUAAACAUUCUUUGACUCAUCUAUGUGAAAACAUCGACUAAUAUUAGCCUUAAGUUUCGGGUUUCCUUUCAGGGCAAAGUGAAUAUUCUACAAAAUGGCAGCAAUAUACAGAAGUGAAACGAUGUACAGCCGGUAGUGUUUUUGCUAUGAAAUCCCUCAGAUGCUCUCCAACAGCAGGGCAGAGAUACAACGCAUGAGAAAGACCUUUUUUAUACUAAACUCAAAAUCAAGCCUCAUACCUUUUUUUUUUUUUUUUUUCCUCUCACACAUUUAUAUCAUUUCAACACCAGCCACAUAAGCGAGGUUUAGGAUGUUUAUUUUCGACAUCACUACAUAUCAUAUCACGUUUCUGUUGACACGGUGCAUGCUCAGCCCUCAUGCAGACCUGUAUCACCCCCUUGUGGACAAACUAUGUAAAUACCACUUGCUAAGUCUGUACAUAGUUAGAGAUUAAUGUAGGUAAAAUACUAAGAGAAUUCAAUUGUUGACGGCAAGACGACCUGGAGAUAAAAAUGCUAUAUGCAAAUUAGGAGACGAACUCUUACGUUGUAUUCAACUAGAAUGGACAACGGCGGCAGUUCUGGUCGAGUCGCUGAGUUGUUUUGCGGGAGCGCCGAGGAAGGCUGUCGGGUUCAGGUGGAACCGGUCGGACAUUUUCGACUGAAAUUUCAAGCAAAAUUUAGGCAGGAGCAGGAAAAUUGGCCAAAUAAGUUGCGAAGGGUUAGUGGAGCUCUGAUGUGUGUUGUAACUGCAGAAGACUUGAUAUGACUGAACAUUCCCAGCAGUAGUUGUGUUGAGCAUUCCAACUGGCCAAGUCUGACGCAGGACGCGCACUCAGAGCGUGAACGUCCGGCAGCCUUUUUAAAAGCUACCCGACAGCUCAGUACCACCAGCUAGUGUCCUGUCUGUCCAUUCCAAGCUUAUGGAUGUAUGUCUUUUCUCUCUCUCUCUCCCUCUCUCUCUCUCUCUCUCUCUCUCUAAAAGUCAAUUGAUAAGCUUUUGACAAUUAUACAGUAUAACCAUAAUAUUUUCAUUUUGCUGAACAUCAGAUUUUUUUUUUUUUUCUUUCUCUUUGUUUUUCUUUUCAAGAUUGUCAAUUGUAAUGUGUGUCAGAGUUUGCUGUCUCGCUAGCGCUUGGCUUACUGCGCUGGAACGUUUGUUUUAAACGAAGCAAAAGACGAGCAAGGAAGCCUUUUCCAGGCGAACGAAACCCCAUCGCUCCUCGAUGUCAAGCGAGUGAACAUCCGGAACGGCCUCUCUCUUUUUAACUUUUCGCUUUCUUGUUUGGACGUGGAGGGGACACUGGCAGCUCUUCCCCCCGUUUUUUUUUUUCUAACGGAGGGAAGAGAAGGCUUGUCAGCGCAGCAGCCGCUUUUACAUCUGGAGCUGCAAACCUCGAGGGAAGGAAUGCACCGGAGCGAAAUAACUUCAGCGUCGAUGGAAAGGCGGUCCCCGGCUCCGUACGAAAACAUCUGCUUUUCCAGAAGCAGGAUGUCAAACACGACUCAAGUGAUCAUAAACUAACACUGCCUCAACUGACCGACACAGGAUCCAGCCAACGGCAAGCUGUUGCAGCAGCAGCAUGGGCGUGCCUCUUUGCUCACCAUCCGAUCAUCUAACCGCCUCUUUUUCUGCAAUAGCCAAUUACAGCAGGACUACUCUUCAUAGCUUUAACUCAGCAGCCAGUCAAGCUCUGUUUUGUAAAACUGUGGUGCACCAAGGGCUGAUGGGAAUCUGCGAAUCGGGGGAGGACAGCUGCGGUGGGAUCGGACGUGUCAUUUAAGUGUGAGAAUGACAAACGCAGACUCCUCUGUCCUGUUUGACCCAGGAAACCUUUAGAUUGGACCUCCAGAAGACUGUGCAGAACCUGUAUAGAAGAUCAUAGGAGAUAAAAAAAAACAAAACAAGAAAUAUUUUUCAAACGAGAAUUGCCACAGGCAGACGUAGUGACACGCAGUGACUGACCGAGAUGUCGCCUCUUAAACCCAAAGUGUGACAUUAUCUUUCUCACUACUCUGUGUUUUCGCAAUCGCAGCUCUUGAAAUUCAGAUUUUUAAACAAUUUGUGCAA